UCUAAACAUGGCGUCUUGUAUCCUCAAUGCUGGGAGUGUAACUCGAAAGGUGCGAAGCAUUGCUUGAUACAUGGAUUUAUUCGAGAAGAAAUAGUUUCAGAACAAUUAUUAUGAAAAUUUGAAAAUGGACCUUUCUAUUAAAACUUCUAUUAAGAAGGAACCAAACGAGGAUGAAGCGUUAUACACGGGAUUGGACCCGGUCGGUUAUGGAUCUGCCUGUAGGCCUACUAACGUAACCAUGGGUGAAGUUCACGGAGGUAGUAGUAAUAACGCUUUACAAAAUAUGUUAACAUUUCCGAGGAAUAUGUUAACAACGCCAGCAGCUAGUUUGUUGACGAGUAUAGCUAACGAAUACCAACAGAACCAGAGAACUGUAUCAGAUAAUUGGAAUCUUUUGUUUACAUCUGACUAUUCCGGUAACACUGCCCUUGGCCUUGACAAUAGUUCCCAUCAAAAAGAUAACGUUGAAAGUGUAAAUGAUGGUUUUCUCCGACAGUUACUAACGGAACAAAAGACACAACUUACAAAUAGUCUCUCCUCCCGUAGCCCCGAACCACCGACAAGUAUAAAAGCUGAGCCCAUGCCUAAUUACCAACCGGAUAGGGAAAGCUCACAAAAUGAGACAGGUCUUCUAUAUACAGGACCAAUCAAUGACAGAGCAAGCUGUAAACAACCUGACAGUAUUAUAAGGGCGAUGUUGGCAAAACCACCUAUCCAUGGGUCUUCUGUACAAAACAUAAAGAAGGAACCAAAUUCUGAAGAAAACGAAAACACACCCAGUGGCUACAGUAAGAAUGCAUCACAUUCAGAACCUCACAGCUCUCAAGAAGAAAACUCUCAGUCUACAAACAGUUACCAAACUUCACAUUGUGAGUCAGAUGACGUGCUGGAUUCACCCGAGACAUUUGCUCUACUUCCUCCAAAGGCUUCUAAUCCACAAAUGUCAAGGGAAGACUUCAAUGCCUUCUGUCAAGCCAUCUUAUUAAAUGGACGCCCUGCCCAAGUUGAUGGAGAUCAUCCAUUGCCUAUGAGUGAGCACGUGGAUGGCUUCAGUGAUGUUGACAUAUUCAGCAAAGUCAGUCGUAGACAAGAGAAGGGAAAACGAAAGUUUCAGUGCGACAUUUGUCAAAAGUCAUACGGCCAUAACAGUAGUCUGAAAGUCCAUUACCGAGUGCACACUGGGGAGAGACCUUUCAAAUGCCACGUUUGUGAUCGUGAUUUCAGUCACUCCAACAGCCUCCAGAUCCACAUCAAAACUCAUUCUGAGAAACCUUUAUUCAAAUGUGACCAAUGUGAGAUGGAGUUCACUCGCCCAAACAGUUUGUCCAGACACAUGCUCACACAUUCCAUUGAAAAACCUUUUGUUUGCGGUGUCUGUAGGAGAUCCUUCUCACAGGCAUGUAAUCUUAAGAUCCACAUGCGGGCCCACACUGGUGACAAACCUUUUAAGUGUGAUUUUUGUGGUAAAGCCUUCCGAGUAUCCGAAAAACUGAAAAUCCAUACUCGCAUUCACACUGGUGACCGGCCUUACCAGUGCACCGAAUGCCCUAAAAAGUUUGCAACAUUAGGUGUGCUUAAAUCCCACUCUUCCAUACACACUGGAAUCAAACCUUACAAGUGUAAGGUUUGUGGAAAAGGUUUCAGCGUUUCAAACGAUCUGAAGAAACACAACCGUGUUCACACGGGGGAAAAGCCAUACAGAUGUCAAAUGUGCAACAAAGCUUUUGGACAGUCAAGUACCUUACAGAAACAUCUUCAUACUCACACGGGCCACAAACCACAUAAAUGUGUGAAAUGUGGGAAAGGUUUUGUCGAAUUGGCACAUGUUAUGAGGCACAUGCGUACACAUACGGGAGACAAGCCGUAUAGUUGCCAUAUCUGUCAGAAAACUUUUAGUUUCUCGGGAAAUUUGGCCAAGCAUUUACGAACUCAUAGCGAGGGCAAACCAUACAAAUGUGAACUUUGCCCUAAAGGAUUUCGGGACCCAUCUUACUUGAAGCAGCACAUGCUGAUUCAUACUGGUAGCCGUCCAUAUGCAUGUGACUUUUGUCCAAAACAAUUCUUGCAGUCAUGUGACUUAAAUGCACAUGAACGUACACAUACUGGUUCCAAGCCUUAUGAAUGUGAAACUUGUGGAAAAACUUUUCGGCAGUCAGGCCAUCUUCAGAGACACAUUCUUAUACAUGCUGAAGGCAACAUUCAGGCAUCUGCUACGGACAAUGAGAUAAAAGAGGAGGAGUUCAGUGAUGAAUCUGAGAAUCCAACGUCUGCUACAGAAAAUGAGGUAAAAAGCAAAGAAUUCACUGGUGAACCAGAGAUUGAGACAUCUGCUACAGACAAUGAAAUAAAAGAGGAGGAGGAAUUCAGUGACGAUUCAGAAAUGGACCUUUAAGAAGAAAAUGUACAUCAACUUUCUAAGGAAAGGGAAUAAUUACAUUGGAAGGGAGACAACUGUACAUGCAUUGUCAAAUAAUAUCUUAACAACAUAUGUAAGCCUCUAAACCAGACUUUUUUAAACACACAGGUGCACGUGUUACACAAACAAGGAAAAAAGGUUUUACCUUGUAAGAUUUAUUGAGCAAUAUUUUGUCUUAAGAUAUCAAUUAACAUUCACUCUCAAUAAUUCAAAGAAGAGGCUUACGAUGUCCAAAUUCCCUGUUAAAAUGCAUUUAGAGUGAAGAAGAAACCGUUUGUUUACAUAUUUUUUGUAGACCAGACACUGCAAUCCUUUGGAUAGUGAGAUAAGACAUAUGAAGACAAAAUUCUAAUACAUGAACUGAAAGAUGUAUAUGUUGUUUUUCUAGAAUUUGUUUUUUACAUUUCAAAGAAACUGAAGUGUAUUGUACAUGUUUAAUUAUAAAAUUUGACAAUGCAACUAUAUAACAUAGUUUUUGGUAUCUUUGUGAUUUAUAUUAAGUUUAAACAAAUGUUGGGUGUUUUUUUAUCGUGAAUAUACAGUGUGGGAUCAUAUACAAGUAUACAUUUUUCAUGUUAUUUGAGAAUCUGAAGAAAUCUGGCAAACUAAACUGAAAAAAAACAUUUGACUUUCAUGAAAUAGAAUCAAAUCUGAAAUCUUUUCAUCUCAUUAUCCAGAAAUUUUGCAAAUAUCACAAAAAAAUCAUGUCUAUCUAUUUUCUCCCUGAAUAUUUUGAAGUCAUGAUAAAUCUUAGAGUCUUAAGCUUCCACAUCACAGUGGAGCAAAUUACAGGAGAUUAUAUUCAGAAUGCUGUGAGUGUAUUAUGGUAGGGGUUUACAUUUUUCAGUGAAAAUACAACCUGCAAAAUUUAUAUUAAACUUAACCAUUGUUACAGUAGUACAUUGUGCCACGGCUAAAAGAUCUGAAAUCCGCAAACAAAAAUACCUGAGAAAUUGAACAUUUUUGCAAAUUUGAAAAAAUUACGUAGGGACCAUUAAAAAGAAAGUAGGAAAAAACAGUGCAUGGCAUUGAUGUAAAUGUAUCCACUGUGGUAAUUAUAUAAUCAUGUGAUAAAAUAAAAUCAGGGUUUUUGCAAGGUGUUUAUAAAAAGGGUCCGCUACAGGGACCCAUUCCCAAUUGAAAAAUGACCCUGAAUUUUCCCAAUUUCAGUCUUUAUUUUCCCAUUUGGAUUAAAAAAAAAAAUUAUACAAGUUUUCAGUCGUUUUAAGUGCAAGGUUCAAAGUAUUACAGUCCAUGAAGGAGCAUUCAAAAUACAUAAAUAAUGAAGAAACAAAAGCGCUAAAAAUUUAAGUGUUUAUUUAUAUUUAUAAUUAUUGCUAUACAUUUUAUUGUAAUCAAAGAAACACCUCGAGGAUUUUUUUGCUAAUCACUCUAUAGGUUUUAUUUUUUUCAAAACUAACGCUAUUUUCCCAGACCUGCGCAUUUUCGAACACUGAUGAUAUUUCCAAAUUUUUGCCAAAUGCUGAUGAUAUUUUCCCAAUUUCUGCUCGGAGGCCCUUUCCCAAUAAAGCUGGCGAAACCCUGAAAAUACAUGUAUCAUGAAUUGUUUAUACUAUAUUUUUAAACAAGUAUAAUGUGUUUCACUUCUACUCCAUAAGUUAGUUUUGAAUUCUACCAUCAAUGAUGUAUAAACCAGAUCAGAUCUUAUAGCCUUUAUGUAUACGUAUGUUCAUUUCUGUAUACUGUGUAUACAUGUAAAAGAUACAUUGAUGCAUACCAGUACAUGUAUUUGUUUAUGUAUGCAGAUUCUGUUAUGUUCCGGUAUGUAAAUAUAUACAUAUUUAGAUACAUUUAUGUACAGUAUUAAAUGUCAUACCUGAUAUAUCCAAAAAGUAGGUCACUGUGACAUCUACGAUGUUUCUCCUAUGCUAUGUCAACUGAAAAGCCCAACAUUAAGGCUUGCAAGUAAACGUCUUUGGAUGGCAAAAAUAUGUUGACCUCUCGGACCCCAAACAUUGAGGCAGUUGGUUCAGUGCAUACAUCCAUUACUUUUAUUUAAUAUCUUUAUUUAUUUUACAACUUAUAUUAAUCACUCUUGUUGGCCCGGAUGUUAGCGCACGGGGGGUCUUAAUGUGGGAGGAAACCCGAGUACCCUGAGAAAACCUACGUGGUCAGGCAGAUGGCCCCAUACCUUUUUACCUCUGAUCAGGGAAUCGAACCCUGGCCGCCUGGUGAAAGGCAAGUGCUCUUUCCCCUGAACCACCCGACCACCCUACUUCCAGUAGGGUGACUACAUGACCAGAAUCAUUGCAAAAAAAAUGAUCCUAUCACUUAAAAACCAUUCAGUCAUUACAAAUAGGUGUUUAUCUUCCUUUAUACGUUAUAUUAACAUACUUUCUUAAGGAUCCCUGUCCCUCUGCAGGCCAAACCAUUGUCCUCACUAAGUUUUGUAAUAGGUGAUUGACUUGAAAAGAAUAUCUGGUUUAAUGUUCCCCUGGCUGCUAAGAUGUUGAACAAUACGUAUACAUUUUCUGAACAAAUAGCUGGAUCAAAGUUGAAAAACAGCUGGCAACUUUUGCCGGCAACUGCAGGCUUUUAAUGAGAACACUGCAAACUAGAUAAUCCCACUGUGCUUUUUUCUAAAUACAGUUACCUCCCCUUGUUUUGUAUGUUACUGCAGAGCAUAUGCAUCUGAGCCGUUAUACGUACUACACUGUUGACUAAGUAGUUCAGUUGGAUAGAGCCACAUUUUAAUGAUCGGAGGUCAAGGGUUCGAUUCCCAAUCCUGUCUUUAUUGCUUUGUUAAACUCAGAACUUUGUUGUUGAUUUUUUA